UCAAAACACAUCGACUGCGUCGCCUCUCCGCAUCCCAUUUAGAACACCAAUUGAUUUUAUCCUCUCUGUAGCUUUACUUUCAUUCCAUGGCUUCUUCUUCAAUUUAUCAGAUCUUCCUUCUAUUCUCUUGCUUUUUCUUCCUUUCAAACAUACUUGAGGUUCAGAGUUUUGAUGAUGAAUUGCUUCCAAGUUCUAUAGUCUUCCCCAUCAUCAAAGAUGUAUCAACUUUACAGUACAUUACCACGAUUCAUCACGGUUCUCCACUGGCCCCCAUCAAGCUUGUUGUUGAUCUUGGUGGUCCUUUGAUCUGGGUCGAUUGUGCUUCUGGGUUAGUCUCUUUAUCUCGUCGUGUCAUCCCCAAUCAGUCGAUCCAGUGUUCACGAACAGGAACCGGAGCCGCCCGUGAUGUUGGAGGUAAGGCGUGUGAUGUUUUUCCAGAAAACGGUAACAUCGGAUUGGCUUCAAGAGGGGAGUUGGUGGAGGAUACCAUAGCUCUUCGAUCCGCGGAUGGGUCAAAAUUAGACCCGUUAAUCACCACCGUUGACCAGUUUCUCUUCUCUUGCGCGCCGGCUUCCCUUCUUCAAGGCUUGGCAAGUGGCGUCAAAGGCAUGUUGGGCCUCGGACGAGGUCCGAUUUCACUACCGUCACAGCUCGCCACGGCGGUCGGCCACCACAGAAGGUUCUUUAUGUGCUUAUCAUCAUCAAAUGGUCUUAUAUUUUCUCACAGCAACAGGCCUAAAGACUCAAUCUUUGGCACUGAAACAACCAAGUCUCUUAUGUACACUCCCCUUGGGGGUUCGUCACAAGACUACUUCAUCAAUGUCAAAUCCAUCAAAAUUGGUUCCAACCAAUUGUUGCUUGGUGACAAAGGAAUGACAAAAUUGAGCACAAAUGUUCCUUAUACCACCAUGGAGAGCUCAAUUUACGCCACAUUUACCGAAGCUUACAAGUCAGCAGCUGGUUCUAGGAACAUGACUGCGGUGGAACCCGUGGUACCAUUUGGGCUCUGCUUUAGCUCAAAGGGCAUUGAUGAGUCGUUAGUGCCGGUGAUUGAUUUAGUGUUACAAAGUGAGAUGGUGAAAUGGAGGAUACACGGGGCGAAUUCUAUGGUUCGGGUGAACCAGGAGGUUAUGUGUUUGGGUUUCUUGGACGGUGGGUCGGAGUUGACGAGCUCAAUUGUGUUAGGUGGAGCUCAAUUGGAGGAAAAUCUUUUGGAAUUUGAUUUGGGUACGUCCAUGCUAGGAUUUAGGUCUUUGAGACCCACAAGUUGUUCUAUUUUUGCCGCGGAUUUUAUGCUUCAAGAAUCGUUGUAAAGUUUUGAAAUUACACUUAACUCUUUCUUACUUGUAUGAAGAAAAGAAUUUUCUGUUUAUAAUCCAUUGAAUUAGCUGAUUAUUUCGGGUCCAUUUUGUUGAUGUGAGAUGUCAGGUUUGUGGAUAUGUUUUUGAUUGACUUUAAAGUCAUUCAUUAUUA